AUUCUAAUGUAGAUCACCCUAUGGCUAAUAACGAUAUAACAAAACGUUACGAUGCAAGCGCUGACAUAAUGCACGGAGAAAUGAUGGGUAUGGGUGACUCUGAUAAUUACGACACAACUCCUAAUGAUCUUAAACGUUCAACAAUUCAUACAAUAUAUACAACUGAUCCUCAUUCAAAAUUUAAAUUUGACUUAAAUAGACUUUCUAUUGACGUUAAGAGACGGUCUGUUGAAAACUUAAAUGAACAAAACGGGGGGGUUUCAUUGCUUUUAAGAGUUAACAAUAAGUCUAAUGGUUUAGAAAGUAACGCAAAUUCAACAGAAGGGAACACAAAACCUGUACCUUUCCAGGUUCGUUCACAAUUAGGUUCUGCUCUAUUCAGCACAGACACAUUUAAUUCUCAAACAUAUACAUCUCCAUCUCUCUCCCAAGCCAAAGUUUUUCAUGAAAGGCAACCUCGUCACUUUCAUCAUCAUCACCACCAUCAUCGUAGACAUCAUUUGCAUCACAGACAUCAUCAUUAUCGUAACGAGUUUGAGCCUGAAAGAUUUAGCGAAUCAUAUUUCCGUCGAAAUGGUUUCGAAUGGAAUCAACCUCUUUCGUAUUAUUCACCUUUCUUUAGAAUGCCACCUUAUAGCAUGUCGUGGGGAAGAUUUUCAAAUCCCUAUGAAUAUCACAUGGGUAGACGUUGGAUUUCUUCACCUAGUUAUGUUCGUUCUAAUGUAGAAGGAGCUUUAGACCCAAGGCUAAAUUCUGGAAUAUUUGCAAACGGUUUUAAUCCAGGUAUUGCGUUGCCUGAUUCAGAAAACCUUAUGGCUGAAAGCCUACGCAAGCCAUUACAAAAUGAAGGUGAAAGAAUGGCUCUGGAGCACCUUCAAAAUAUACACAUGUCAACUCUACGAGAAUUUGCACAAUCGCAAGAAGAAAGGCGAAGAGAGUUAGAGGCUGAAGAGUUCAGGUUUCAGCAUAGCAAGUUAAUGAACCCCUAUCUUCCUGAAUUGCAGCAUGUGCCAUUAGAAAACCCAUUUCAUUUAAACAAUUUUAGGCAAAAUCACAACUCCUUGUUGGCAAAUCGUUUUUCUAGAAAUUUUGAUAAGACAUCAUUUCAAGACCCUUAUUUGGAAAUGAAACCUGAGCAAGAACCUAAUAAUGUUUUUGAUCAGUUUUCUGUACAUUCUCCAUCUCUUUACGAGUCUCAAUUUGAUCCCAGCAUCUCGGAAUUUCACCAUCAUUCUGAUUUCAUUUCGCAUUUUAAAAAUGAACCAAAAAAUUAUAUUGAUGAUGUUAUACCUUCAGCUGUAAACAGACCAGGCAUUUUAAGAGUAACUGGAAUGGAAAAAAGGUCAUUUAAUGAAGAAGGAAAAUAUCAAAACAGUCAAAUGGAAAGGCCUGAAUUUGAAAUGCAGUUUUCAAAUAAACCGAUAGAUGAUGUGAAUCCAAACCGAGAAUAUUCCAGGUUUCAUAAUGACGAUUAUCCGUCUUACCAAUCAUCUUAUGGUAACAGAAUCUCUGGAAGACACUCAAUUCAAGAAUACAGAGAUUCAGAUCAACCAUCUAUGUUCCGCGAUAACGAAUCAGACCAAACUGAAUCAAAAACCACUUCUAAACUUAACUCUUUAUUUGAUACCUCAAAUGUAGAUGCACAUAGACCAAUAGAUGCCCCGGAUUCUGCACCAUUACUUGAAGGAAGCUUGCCUGAUUCAAGCACGUUGUUAAAAAAUCCAGGUAGCAUACCAGAUUUUCAUGAUCAACUAAAUGCUGGAGUACAAGAUGGUGAUCAACAAAAUGAAAUUAGUGAACAAGCUGAAGCUCUUAGAGAAGACAAGGAAUUUGCUAAAAUCUCGCAAAUACAAGAAGAAAUGUACAAAAAGCUAAAUGAUGUAUUGCCAAUUGGAGAUAUGCCAAGACCUGAUCUUUAUCCAACUGAAUCUAAAAAAACGGGAUUAAAACAUUUAGUUCCAUCGCAAACCAAUGAAAUUAAUAAGAAAGAAGAUAUAUAUGGGUACAAAAAAUAUGAAGUACCAAUAGGACAAAAGUAUAAAAACAAUUUUAAAAAAGAUCAUCUUCCAGAAGAUGUAAAAUUGAAUCUAACAAUUUCAAACACUACUUCUGAUGACUUAUUUUUAUUUGAUAAAAAAUCAAAUAUGUCAGUCACUUCAACUUUACCGCUCACACCACAAGUUACAUCAUCACUAACACCUGUCACGUUGCCAACCACACCAGAAAAACGCAGAAACACUAAAAAUCUUUUAAUUGAAGUUAGUAACAGCAAAGUAGUAAGUAUUGAUAACUCUUUUAAUGAAGAAAAAAGAGAAAAUACAAUACUUUUAGAGAAAAAAAAUCAUCAAAAUGUUACAAAAAAAUCGGAAAUUGGUCAUCGUAACGAAGUUCACGCAAAUGAUAAAAAAUUCAAUCAAAAAAAAAAUUUAGCUCUGAAGCGGAAGAACACAAUUUUUUUAAAAGAUCAAUCGCUAGUGAAUAGUAGUGAACCAAUCAGUGAUGUGGAAAAAGAAAAUGACAAUUUUCGAGAAGAAGAUGAUACAAAAAACGGAGUAAAAUCCAAAGCUGUCAAUUCAUCAUCUAGAGAGCAUGUAGAACAAGUAAAUAAAAGAGGUCUUCGAUGCUCUGCAUGUGGUGUUGAUUGCAAUCCACUCUGUGGAACUUUUUAUAAUAACAAUUAUAAUGGACUGUUAAGUAAGCCAGUUGUUUUUAAUCACGAACCUUCGGUAGUUGCCUACAAACCACCAGUAGUUAUUCACCAACCUCCAGUUGUUUUACAUCCUGUAUUACAUCGACAUAGAGUGCAAGUACAUCAUUUAGAUCACUACCAAUUGUUACCUCAUUCUCAAGCUUGUGACUGUUCUGACGAAUACCAACACAACUGCAUGUGCUUACCAGGACAACAUCUACAAAACUUUAAUAAAAAACAUCAUAUACGUGGCAAAAAGCAUCCCCGGUCUGAAGUUGAAAGUGUAAGUACUAGAAACAGUCAAUCUUUUAAGCGCUGUAUUGAUUGUGGAGUUAAUUGUGAUCCUGGAUGUCAUUCAAAUGAUUAUUAUGGUUACGGAUUAGGUACAGGAUAUAAUAAUGGUCACCCUAUAUUUAGCAAUAACCAUGCGACAUUUGAAGGAGCAGAUGGUAUAUACAACGGUGGUCAAUGGAAUGAAGGGAAAGAUCACGAGUUUGGUUUGAACGGAGAAGAAGAUUUAAAUGGUUUUCACAAUAAUGAAGAAAAUAGUUUAAAUAAUUAUGGUAUAAAUGAACUCAAUUUUGCAACACAUAAUGAACCAAAUCACGACCAUGAAACAACUGUUUACAAGCGUCCAGAUAUUGUUGUUCCACAGCCUCCAGAUAUUAUUCAUAGACCUGAUAUUGUAAUCCAUAGAGCACCCAUAAUUGUUCACAGAAGACCUAUUGUUUAUCAUCAAGCUCCCGUUAUUGUUCAUAAACCUCCGGUUGUUGUACACCAAGCACCUAUUGUUGUUCACCCAGUUGUUCAUCACCACCGAAUCCUUGACCACCAUAUUCACAACUACCAUGUCGUACCACAUCAUACAACUUGCGAUUGCGAAGAUAAAAAAGACUGUAUAUGUGGUAAACUGAGAAGUAAAAAAAAUCUUGAAAAAAAUAUAAGAUCGUUAAUUCCUAAUGUUGCACAAAAUAAUUCUUUGUCAAAUAGCACUUUAGAAGACUUUAAAACAACUAAAAAGAAAAAAAAGGAUGUUGUAGUAAGCCGUCCUCCUAUUAUUUAUCACCCUCCACCUGAGAUAUAUCAUCGACCUGAUAUUGUUGUUCAUCGACCACCAUUACUAAUUCACAGACCAUCUAUAAUUUACCAUCAACCACCAGUAAUUGUUCAUAGACCUGCAGUUGUAUACCAUCAACCACCUUUAGUUUUCCAUCAACCUCCUCCAGCAGUCCAACAACCUUUACUUGUUUCUCACGACACUUUUAAAUUUCAUCCUUCUGCAUACUAUACUCAUAUGGGAUCAGUUGUUAACAAAGUAGGAAGUUAUGUUGGUGUUCCUCAUGGUCCAAUUAUCAAUUACCCGCAUUCUCCUUAUUACGGCACAACAGGAUACGGUCCCGCGCCUGCUAGUGGUUACCAUGGCUUUGGUAAUGGACGUGUUCCUUACGCAGAUCCUGAAAGUGGUGAGGGUCACGAACCUAUUAUGUCUUUACCUAAUUCUCACGGUGCAGUAGGUUACGAAUCACCAUCAGGAAACAUGCACAACGAAGAAUCUUUUGAUCAUGAUCAGCAGGAAUUCCCACACACUGGUGUUGUAGGACAUAGUCCAAUGGGAGAUUUUAGUCAUUUUGGAGCCCCGAAUGAAAUUCAUCCACCCAAUAGUUUUAAUCAACAAGAAGGAAAUUUCGGAAAUACUGAAUUUGGUCAAAGAGAAUCUGAACAGUUUAAUAAUCAUCCUGAACAACAGUUUGGAUACCCUUCUAACGGAGUUAACCUAAAUAAUCAAAUGUCUAAUGAGGGAUUCGGGGCACAAGGCUUCGACCGUUCCUUUAGCGAAUCUUCAUCUUCUGAACAGCAAGCUACAAUGGGUGGCGUUUCUGGUGGAGUAUCCGGAGAAGAAAACAGUCCUAUUGGUCACUUAGGUGGCGAGGAGUUUAGUAAUCAACAAUCAUCACCUUAUAAGCGAACAUAUAUUGCAAAAAACGAAAAUGAAGAUAACUUUGAAAAAGAUACAUUUCGAGAGAGAAGAUCUAAAAACUUACACUUACAAAAAAAUCACCAUCAACAUCCAAGUAGAAGACAUAGAGUUGUUGUUGGUCGACCUGAUAUUAUUUACCAUCAAGCUCCAGAAAUUGUUCAUAGACCGCCAUUGAUUGUACAUAGACCUGAUAUUGUAAUUCAUCGCCCUUCAGUAAUUGUACAUCGCCCACCCGUGGUAGUUCAUCGUCCUGCUAUUAUGUACCACCAGCCGCCCGUUGUUUUCAAUUCUCCUCUUCCAGUUAUUCAUCAACCAAAUGCUAUUUCCCACGAUAUGUAUGUUGCACACAGUUAUCCACAUAGAAUUGGAUCUCAUGUUUUUCCCUCUGGAGGAAUUAUAUCCCAGGUUUCUAACGUAGAACACGAAGAAAACAUUGGUCAACUUAAUAAUAUUCAAAAUGAUGAACAUAUUCAAAAUUUUGAUUCUGGAAUGCUCAACUCUGAACCAAAUGAAGAACAUGAUUUUGGGAUUCAAGGACCCUCAGCUUAUAAUAAUGGUCUUCCAUCUGAAGGUUGGGGUACAGGCCCUAACGUUGGAGUUGAUGUAACUCCUAAUAAUGUAGAAAACAUUGGGGCGGAUUAUGAAAGCCCAGUAAGAAACCAAUAUGCUCCAGGAGCUUUUUUACAGGAAGAUGGCUAUAGUCAAAGUAACCUAAAUGCACAACCAGUAACAGGCAAUAAUCAAAUAGCUCAUUUUAAUAGGGGUGAGCCAAACAAUAUUUUAAACCAAUUUGGUCCAUUAACUACUAAUAACUAUGUACCUCUUCCAGAAGAGGAACACCCAUGGACAAAAUCAAAAGUUCCAAAAAAAAAAUCAAAUCAAGUAUCUGGUGUGAAAAAACAAAUUCUAGUAUCUAGUAAUCAUGGGGAUUUUUCCGGAGAUGUUCGUGAUGAAAAAUACCCUCAUGAAAACUCAAAUUUUGUAGGAUGUGAAGGUUCAAAUUGUCAUGAAGAUGGAUAUAGUGAUGGGGAACCUUUCCAUGAAGGAAACGAAAGAUUUGCCGAUGGGUAUGACGGACACAACGAUUACCAUGAUUUAAGAUAUAGUAGACACCACCCAGCAGGUGUACACGCAACAGUUCUUUAUAGACCAGAUGUAGUAUUUCAUCCCAGACCAGAGCUUUACCAUAGACCUGAUAUUAUAGUUCAUCGUCCAGAUGUGGUUAUUCACAGACCAUCAGUAGUCAUUCAUCAACCUCCCGUUCUUGUACACAGACCUGCCGUGAUUGUUCAUCAACCUCCAAUUGUUUUUCAUCAACCACCUCCAGUCGUACAUAGACCUAUAGCUGUUUCUCACGACCAUUACUUAGUGCAUGACAAUCAUGAACAUGUAGGUUCUCAUUUAGAACAUGCUGGUCACGUUGUCGGCCAAGGUGGUUAUGAUAUUGGUGCACCUUUUGAAAAUGCAAAAGAUAUAGAUAACUUGCAUAGUUUUAGUCACCCUCAUUAUGAAAAUAUUCAUAAUGAAUUUGCCAAUGAGGGUAACUUAAUUAACAACCAAGGAUUUUCAAACAAUUUAAAUGAUAAUUUUGGUUCCCAUACUCAUAGUGUUCCUGAUUACAAUCUUCAGCCUAUUAAUAAUAUUGGAACUUCCGAAGAUUUUGAUAACCCAUCGACAGCUCAAUUUCAAGAAGAAAAAGAUUUAGAAAAUGUAAACUCAGAAAACUUGUCAAGCAAGUCCGUCGUAACACAUCAUAAAGGACACAAGAAAAAAAAGAAGAACAAGAAGAAGACAAAAGUUCGAAGAGAAAUAAAGGAAUCCAAUCAUACGGAAUCUGAAAUUGAAGUGAUGAAAAAAUCAAAAAUUCAAAAUUCAUCAAAAAAACACCAUGUAACAGUGAUUCAUCGACCUGAUGUUGUCUUUCAUCAAAGACCCGAGGUUAUUCACAGACCUGAUAUAAUAGUUCACAGACCAGAUGUUGUAAUUAAUCGACCAGAUGUUAUUAUACAUAGACCAGCUGUUAUUGUUCACAAACCACCAAUGGUCAUUCAUCAAGCGCCAAUUGUUUUUCAUCAUUCUCAUCCUAUGAUGCACCAACCAAUUCAGCAUCAAAAUAAUUUAUAUGUUCAAAAUACCUAUCCAGAUCAUGACGGAUCCCAUAUUGAAAAUUUAGACCAUAGCUAUCCUCUUGAUAUUGCACCUCACAUUAGUAAUUCACCUCAUAUAUACAGUGAACCCGUAAAUGUUGGUCAUAUAAUGAUGGAAAGAGUUCAUAGUAAUGGAGGUCAUGUUGGAGAUACACCUUCUAUGGGUGUUAGCAAUGAUGUUUUAGAAAAUGAGUAUCAUUUAAAUCUGGAUAAUAACUGCAACAAUUAUAAUUGUCAUAAUUUUGGUGGAGAACCAGUUGGACAUGAACAUCUUAUUGGACCAAUAGGAUUUGCACCACAAUACCCUGAUACCGAAGACGAUGAUGCAAGAUCACACAUUCCAAAGAAAAAUAAUCAAACAGCGUCAAAGAAGCACCAUGUUACUGUGAUACACAGGCCAGACAUAAUAUAUCACCCUAAACCAGAAAUAGUUCACAGACCAGAUGUAAUUGUACAUCGUCCUGACAUAGUAAUUCAUCGUCCUUCUGUUGUAGUGCACAGACCCCCUGUAGUUGUACACAAAUCUCCAGUUAUUAUCCAUCAACCUCCAAUAAUUUUACAUCAACCUAAUCCAAUUAUUAAUCAACCCAUUCACCAGUCGCAUGAUUUAUAUGCAAUGAAACAAGUACCUAUUCAGGUUGGAUCGCGCUUAGAGCAUGUUAGCUCAAAUACCAAUAUUCAAGAACUCGGCCCAACUACAGAAACAAGCUCUAAUAUUUUAGAUCAAGGAAACUUUCAUGAAACACAAACUUUUCCUAUAAAUGGACAGAAUAGUUUAAAUAAUGGGCACGAAGUUCUUGACCAACCAUUAAAUCUUAAUGAUCAAGGAAGCAACGGGAUGGAAAGUAUUAAUUAUUUAUCGUCAAACGAAAGAGGAUUAGAAACACAACUUGGUAAUAACUUACAAAGUUCUGUUAACAAUAAAAAUCUUAACAAUAGUUAUGUGAAUAUAGAUGAAAAUCAUGAAGAACCAAAUUCAAUGAUUGGAAAUUACAAACAAGAUUAUACAAUUAACAACAACCAUAUUGGACAAACGGGUGGAGAGCUAAACGUUAGAUCGGGAGAAUUGUCUUGCGAUGAAAACUCUGAUCCACAAUGCAACAGGUCUAAAAAAAAUAAAGUCUCUAAAUUAAAAACUAAAAAAAAAUUAAAGUUAAAAAACAUAACAGGAUUUAAAAGAGAUUUUGGUUUUGGCUCCGAAGGUAUAAGUAGAGAUUGUAUAGGUUCACAUUGCGGAGAAUGUCACGAUGGUCACUGUGGAUCUGAUAUUUCUGAUCAUCAAGGAGAAGAGUCGUUUGGUCAUCACGGUUUCGGAGAUGUUAUAGGGCAACAUGCUGGUAGUGGGAUAAUUGGACAUGGAGGCCUUUCAGGUCAUGGCAUCUGGGGAGAUCACGGUGAUCAUUGGGGACAUGGUCACGAAAAUACAUGGGAACAUCAUAAUGAUCAUCACCAUCAUCACGCAGACGAGCAAAAUAUUGUAGUUCAAAGACCAGAUAUUGUUUUUCAUCCAAGACCUGAAUUGUAUCACAGACCAGAUAUUAUUGUACACAGACCUGAUAUUGUUAUUCAUCGUCCAUCUGUAGUUAUACACCAACCUCCCGUUUUAGUUCACCGACCUGCAGUUAUAUAUCACCAACCGCCUGUUGUUUUCCAUCAGCCCGGACCUGUGGUUCAUCGUCCAAGAGUUGUAUCUCAUGAUAUGUAUGUUACCCAUGAUCAACAUGAACAUGUUGGUUCUCAGAUUGAGCAUGCAGGUGGUGGAACUAUUGCUCAUGCUGGUUACUAUGAAAAUCACGAUAUUGGACAUUCUCAUGAUGAUGAUGACGAUGAAAGAGGCGAAGAAGGUCAUCAUAGCCACGAAGGUGGAUAUGAAGGAGGGAGAUCCGGUGGUGAACAUCAUGAUGAGCUGGGUUACGGAGGUGGCCAUCAUUUUGAGCAUGGUUUUGGAUUAGGUGGGCACGAGUUCAAUUGUUUAGGAGGAAAUUGUGGACACGAAGAUGAGCAUGCUUUUAAAAGAUUUUUGGUUGACAGCCCUAAUGAACUUCAGCAAGCAAAAGCAAAACGACACAGAGUGGUUGUAUUUAGACCACCUAUAAUAUACCACCCACCCCCAGAAAUUUACCACCGUGCGGACUUGAUUGUUCACAGACCAGAUGUUAUUAUCAGUAGGCCAUCUGUAGUUGUUCAUCGUCCGGAUGUCGUUAUUCAUAGACCUAAUAUUGUUUAUCAUCAACCUCCAGUUGUUUUUUAUACCCCUCCACCUCAUAUACACCAGCCAAUUAUAAAAUCACAUGAUUCAUACGUAACGCAUCCUAUAUAUAGACAUAUUGGCAGUAAUGUGGAACAUGUUGGGGGUGUAUUUUUGCCUCAUACCUAUCCACCUAACAACUUAGUGCCUUUGCAGGACUCAAAUUUAAAUCAGUACACCAAUGAAGAUGCUUUGCAAGAAAAUAGUCAAACACCAGUAAAUAACUUUAUUGGCCAAAAUUAUCACAAUCAAGAGCAAACUCAGGAAACAGAGGAACUUGAGGGUUUGCAUGAGGAAAAUCCUGAUGAAGCUGAUAAUAGUGUUUUAAAUAAUGUUAACAUAAACCCACAUCAAGAUUUAGUUUCUUCUACAAAUCCAAUAAAUACACAGCAAAAUCUAGUAAACGAACCACAACCAGGUUACAACGUUGCUGGUUUGGGGAAAUCUAAAGUUGAAAAACAUAAAAAGCAUAGAAAAAGAAAACAUAGUAGGAGAAGAAAUAGAAGAAAUAUUGUUGUCAAGCAAUCAAUUAAAUCAACAAAAAAAGUAACUAAGAAUAAUAAAAAGAAAAAAUCCCAAAAUGGUUUUAAAUCAACAAACAAAAUUAGUAGCAGAAAAACUAAAAAAACAGAAAUUGAAAAUAGUGAUGAUAAAAAAAAAGGAAAAGCUAGUAAAAAAAAUGACAUUAUAGUAAAACGUCCUCCUGUAAUUUAUCAUCCACCUCCUGAAAUUUACCACAGACCACCUAUUAUUGUACAUAGACCCCCGUUAGUUAUCCGUCGACCCCCAAUUAUCUACCAUCAGCCACCAGUAAUUGUUCACCGUCCUGCUGUUGUUUACCAUCAACCUCCUUUAAUUUUUCAUCAACCACCACCAGCAGUUAGCCAACCUAUUCUUAAAUCGCAUGACACAUUUAUGAUGCAUCCAGCAGCUCGCUUAACUCACAUGGGAUCUAUGGUCACUAAUGCUGGGACUUAUGUUGGAGUUCCUGAACAUAGGUUUAUGUAUCAAGGCGGUAUGGGUUUCUUUCGAGCACCAGAACAAGACCAUCAAGUAGGUUAUUCAGCCGUAGAUAGCGAUAACUCACAUGGUGAGAACACUUACAUGUCUACACCUCGCAUGGAUGAUUUCAAUCAAGGAGUAGGUGGAGGAAUUUCUGAUUUAUCAAGUCAUCAAAGAAAUUCAAUGCUAGAAAAUGUAGAUACAGAACAACAUCAAAUAGGAGAUGGACAGUACAUUGGUGGACAAGGAAGAGAUCAACUUUCAAAUGAACAAAAUUUAGUGCUUCAAGAACCAUCCAUGCAGCAGCAAAAUAUAAACGAUGGUGAGCAACAGUUUAUUGAUAGUUCUAACAAUCAAAUUGGUAUGGGUCCUUCUGAGUCAAGCUACGCUUCCCAGUCAGGUAGUGAUGAUGCGUUUGGAAGAAAUUCUAUUCCGUCACCAGCUGAAGAUAACCUUCCUGAUAAUGAUGAAAGUUCUGAAAAUAACGAAGAGGAAGAGGAAGAUUCUGAGAACCGAGUUGAACAGCAUACUGAGAAAAAACAAGAGAUAGUCGCAAAUGAAAGCAAAAGGAAAAGUAUUGAAAAACCACUUCUAAAAAUCAUAAAGGGAAUAAAAUCACAACAUAAAGAUAAAAAAGAUGAUGAAGUUGAUAGAAAAAAACGACAAACUCCCUUUUUUAAUCCUUACCAGUUGCGUCAAGAUGUUCCCCAGUUUAAUCCAUUAUUUUUUAAACCCCAACGCAGACACCACAAAACAUCUGUUAAUAUAGAUGUUGUCGGAAAGAGAUCCAUUUCAGACACUUUAAAACCAGGAAAUAAAAAUCGGAAUCAUUUUUUAUUCUAGAGCGGUCUCAGGUUAAAAGAU